UUUUUAUUUUUAGUUGAUGGGACACGUCCGAUCCACCGGCAUCCCGACUCGAGUCCUGCUCCACGUUCCGCUCCGCGCGCGCAGCUCCGCCGCUCGCCGGGCCGCCGCUCAAGGGCAGCGCCAAAGAAGGCAGGGGGCUCGGUCGGCCGCGGGCUGGCUCGCGGGUGGGAUUGUGGGCGGGGUCACGGUCCCCUAUAAAGCACAAAACCAUGUAGGUCCUCGGAGUUCGCAGAGCCGCAGAGCCGCGGAGCGCCGUGCCGAGUCCUCCGUGCCGAGUCCUCCGUGCUGCUGGGCGCCCGACAUGUGAGCGACCGAACACAUGAUCCGUCAGAAACGGCUCCCGAAGCGAAGCCCCGCCGCCGGAGAAGAAGCUGCGCACACGAGAAGUUCGCCCCGGUCCUCCUGUCGCAGCACAGCUCCUGUCCUGAGGAGGAUUUACAAACCUUCAGACAGCAGCAGAGUGUUUUCACACGCAUGAUCUGCUUUGAACGUUAAUUGCGUGGGGCUUGCCUACCCCUACCUGGUGUGGGGUCCCUCCAUUUGCGUGUCAUUUUACUGCGUGUUUUGUCCGAACGCUCGAUCCGGACGGACAGCGCUGCAGCUUCUGCGUCGAACCGCCAGCUUCCCUACUUUUAUUAUUAUUUCCCCAGUCACUUUGGAUUAUAUUGUUGCCUCUCCUCUGAUUUGUGGGUGAACAUUGCUGCUCUGUUGCUGAAGUGAAGUACCACAGACAAGGUGGGCAGUUACCAUUAAGGUGGAGCUACAGGCUGGUGUCGCUUCCUACUUGCCAUCAGGUGUCUUCUUGUCGGAGGAACAUCUCGGGAAGCCUUCCAGUUCCUGGCUCUGGAUCCGACCGGUUCCUUUCAGUCUUCGAGGAGAACCGAAGCCGAAGGGCUUCGAUCUGUGAAGCCUGGGGUCUGUCAGUGAAGCGGUCCCGUUCUUGGGUCUGGGUCCGGGUCCGAGGCGAUCUUCUCAACGCGUGAGGAGAAACCUAGGAACUUACACUGGCGACAGGUCUUCUGGAGAAGCGAUCCAUUCCUGGAUCUGAUCAGAUCUUCUGAGCCUGCGAGGAGAACCAAGCCCAAGGGGGCUUCGAUCUGGGAAGGAAGGGUGCUUUAGUGGAAGCCAGUCAUUCCCGGGUCUGGAUCCCAUCUUGAUCUUCUCGAGGGGAUUCUCUUUUUGGUGGAUGGUGCAAACCUGCCCGUGUUCCCACCCCUCGACCCCCCAACGCCGCUUUUUUUUUUUUUUUUUUUUUUUUUUGUUGGCGUUCGUUGGACUCGAGGAUUGGAUUUGAAACCUUCUUUCUCGCCCUCACCUUCAAUGACAAGAUGACGGAUGUCUGAAAGGAGAAAAAUCAAUAUCCCCCGUCCAAGUCUUGAAUGAAUAAACAGCUGAAGUGUCAUAGGGGAACGCGUGGUUCUGUAGGGUAAUUCGCGCUCUGUGUAUAAAUAUAGGCGCGCGCAUGUAUCUUUCUGAGCGCAUACCCAUGUUCUAACUUUGUGUGGAUCAUCUGGCGCCCUAUCAGGCUGAAGAAGUGAAGCUCUGAACACCUCAAGAUCUUGGUAAUCUCCACCAAAAGACAGAGGGACCUCCGCUCCGGGGUGCUUGCAGGGAACCGCAAUGAGUUUAUUCUUCUGAAAGCCCCCUUUUUUUCCACUUAAGUGGUAACGUUGCAACAAUCGGCUGUUCGUGGCGAAAGCGCGCAUUUUUCCACAAGAGGAGCUCAGUUUGAUUGAGAAAACGCUCCGAUCGGCGGGUGCGGGAUCGCAGCCGAGAUGCGCACGUUGAGAUCUUCCACCUUCUGGAUGGGACUCCUGGUGGUGGCGUGGGGCGCCGUGGAGCCCCAGCCGUGCCCGGCGCAGUGCUCGUGCACGGGCACCACGGUGGACUGCCACGGGCAGGGGCUGCGCGCCGUGCCGCGGAACAUCCCACGGAACGCGGAGCGGCUGGAUCUGAAUGGAAAUAACCUCACGAGAAUUACAAAGUCAGAUUUUGCUGGACUGAGACACCUUAGAGUUCUGCAACUCAUGGAGAAUAAGAUUAGCACCAUAGAGAGAGGUGCCUUCCAGGACCUGAAGGAGCUUGAGAGGCUGCGUCUCAAUAGGAAUAAUCUUCAGGUCUUCCCUGAACUGCUCUUCCUUGGAACAGCGAAGCUCUACAGACUAGAUCUUAGUGAGAACCAGAUUCAAGGCAUUCCAAGAAAAGCAUUCAGGGGCGCAGUUGACAUCAAAAAUCUGCAGCUGGAUUACAACCAGAUCAGCUGCAUCGAGGAUGGAGCAUUUCGGGCUCUGCGCGACCUGGAAGUGCUCACGCUUAACAACAACAACAUUACCCGGCUGUCCGUGGCCAGCUUCAACCACAUGCCCAAGCUCAGGACAUUCCGCCUGCACUCCAACAACCUCUACUGCGACUGCAACGUGGCCUGGCUGUCCGACUGGCUGCGGCAGAGACCCCGGCUUGGGCUCUACACGCAGUGCAUGGGACCCCCGCACAUGAGGGGCCACAAUGUGGCUGAGGUGCAAAAGAAGGAGUUUGUGUGUACAGGUCACCAGUCCUCCUCGUCCUGCAGCGUCCUGCAGUGUCCCGACUCCUGCACCUGCAGCAAUAACAUUGUGGACUGCCGCGGGAAAGGACUGGCGGAGAUCCCCACCAGCCUUCCGGAGACUAUAACCGAGAUCCGCUUGGAGCAGAAUGCAAUCAGGGUCAUUCCUCCCGGUGCCUUUUCCCCAUACAAGAAGCUGAGAAGGAUAGAUCUGAGUAACAACCAGAUUUCUGAACUUGCACCCGACGCUUUCCAGGGCCUGCGCUCUCUCAACUCACUAGUGCUGUAUGGAAACAAAAUCACAGAACUCCCGAAAGGACUGUUUGAGGGCCUCUUCGCUCUGCAGUUGCUGCUUCUUAAUGCCAACAAGAUAAAUUGUCUACGUGUGGACGCAUUUCAAGAUCUGCACAACCUGAAUCUGCUCUCGUUGUACGACAACAAGCUGCAGACUAUUGCCAAAGGGACGUUUGCGUCACUCCGAGCUAUCCAAACCCUGCACUUGGCCCAGAACCCAUUCAUCUGUGACUGCCACCUGAAGUGGCUGGCAGACUACCUGCAGGACAACCCGAUUGAAACCAGUGGAGCUCGCUGCACCAGCCCGCGCCGUCUUGCCAACAAGCGCAUCGGCCAGAUCAAGAGCAAGAAGUUCCGCUGCUCAGGCACGGAGGACUACAGGUCCAAACUGGGCGGCGACUGCUUCGCGGACCUGGCUUGCCCGGAAAAGUGCCGCUGCGAGGGCACCACUGUGGACUGCUCGAACCAGAAGCUCACACGCUUCCCUGAGCAUAUUCCCCAGUACACGGCUGAGCUGCGUCUCAACAACAAUGAGUUUACAGUUCUGGAAGCGACGGGGAUCUUCAAGAGACUGCCCCAGCUCCGAAAAAUAAACCUGAGCAACAAUAAGAUCACGGACAUCGAGGAAGGUACAUUUGAGGGGGCCGCAGGGGUCAACGAGCUCAUUCUGACGGGCAACCGCCUGGAAAAUGUCCAUUUCCGAAUGCUGAAAGGCCUUAAUGGACUUAGAACGCUGAUGCUGCGGAGCAAUCGAAUUACCUGCGUGAGCAACAGCAGCUUCACGGGCCUGAGCUCCGUCCGCCUGCUGUCCCUCUACGACAACCAGAUCACCAGCAUGACCCCGGGAGCCUUCGACACGCUCCACUCGCUGUCGACGCUGAACCUCUUAGCCAACCCUUUCAACUGCAACUGUCACCUGGCCUGGCUCGGAGAAUGGCUGAGGAAGAAGAGGGUGGUCACGGGCAAUCCUCGCUGCCAGAGCCCCUACUUCCUCAAGGAGAUCCCCAUUCAGGAUGUGGCCAUUCAGGACUUUGCCUGCGAUGAUGGCAAUGACGACAACAGCUGCUCCCCCAUGGCCCGCUGCCCUGCCGAGUGUACGUGCCUGGACACAGUAGUCCGCUGCAGUAACAAAGGCUUGAGGAGUCUCCCCAAGGGCAUCCCCAAGGAGGUGACAGAGCUGUAUCUGGAUGGAAACCAGUUCACCCAAGUUCCACAGGAACUCUCUAAUUACAAGCACUUAACACUCAUCGAUUUAAGUAACAACCAGAUCAGCACGUUGUCCAACCAGAGCUUCAGUAACAUGUCUGAUCUGCUUACUCUAAUUUUAAGCUACAACCGACUGCGCUGCAUACCCGUGAAGGCCUUCGACGGACUCAAGUCCCUUCGGCUCUUGUCCCUGCACGGCAACGACAUUGCAGUGAUUCCGGAGGGGGCGUUCCAGGACCUGUCCUCGCUGUCUCAUCUCGCUCUGGGUGCCAAUCCCCUUUACUGUGACUGCAACAUGCAAUGGCUCUCGGAAUGGGUGAAAUCCGGGUACAAGGAACCCGGCAUCGCUCGGUGCGCUGGGCCUGGGGAGAUGACGGACAAGCUGCUUCUCACCACACCAUCCAAGAAGUUCACCUGCCAAGGACCAGUGGAUGUAAACAUCCUCGCCAAGUGCAAUCCAUGCCUGUCUAGCCCAUGCCAGAACGACGGCACGUGCAACAACGACCCCGUGGAUUUCUACAGAUGCACCUGUCCUUACGGAUUUAAGGGUCAGGACUGUGACGUGCCCAUUCAUGCGUGCAUCGCGAACCCUUGUCAGAAUGGUGGGACGUGUCACCUAAAAGAAGGCGAGGCCGCCAGCUUUUGGUGCGUGUGUGCCGAUGGCUUCGAAGGCGAGGCCUGUGAGAUCAACAUCGACGACUGUGAGGACAAUGACUGCGAAAACAAUUCCACCUGCAUCGACGGGAUCAAUAACUACACCUGCCUGUGCCCUCCUGAAUAUACAGCUAUUCUCAAUGAGGUGGAGAAAGGCGAGCUAUGUGAGGAGAAGCUGGAUUUCUGUGCCCCGGAGCUGAACCCCUGUCAGCAUGAUGCCAAGUGUCUCCUGACACCUACAGGAUACCGGUGCGAAUGCACACCUGGGUAUGUCGGAGAGCAGUGCAGUGUCGAUUUCGAUGACUGCCAGGAAAAUAAGUGUAAAAACGGGGCCCAGUGUAUCGACGCAGUGAACGGCUACACCUGUGUCUGUCCAGAGGGGUACAGCGGCUUGUUCUGCGAGUUCUCCCCGCCCAUGGUGUUGCCCCGGACCAGCCCCUGCGAUAACCACGAGUGCCGCAAUGGGGCGCAGUGCUUCGUGCGGGGGGGCGACCCCGAGUGCCAGUGUCUGCAGGGUUACCAAGGCGAGAGGUGCGAGAAGCUGAUCAGCGUCAACUUCGUGGAGCACGAGUCCUUCCUGCAGAUCCCGUCCUCGCUUAUCAGCGCCCAGGCCAACAUCUCGCUGCAGAUUGCUACCGAUGAGGACAACGGUAUUCUGCUGUACAAAGGUGACAAUGACCACAUUGCGGUGGAGUUGUACCGUGGUCGGCUACGUGUGAGCUAUGACACCGGCUCUUCUCCGCCUUCGGCCAUCUACAGUGUGGAGACCAUCAACGACGGGAGCUUCCACUUGGUGGAGCUGGUGGCCUUCGAGCAGACCCUCUCUCUGUCCAUCGAUGGUGGUAGCCCCAAGUCCAUCAGCACUCUCUCCAAGCAGUCCACGCUCAGCAUCGACUCGCCGCUCUACAUGGGGGGCAUGCCGAUGAAGACCAACGUGGCAGCGCUGCGCCAGGGUCCCGGUCAAAAUGGCACCAGCUUCCACGGCUGCAUCCGUAACCUGUACAUCAACAGUGAGCUGCAGGACCUGGCCCAGUUCCAACUGCAGGAUGGCAUCCUUCCCGGCUGUGAGCCAUGCCAGAAGACCACCUGUGUCCAUGGCACCUGCCAUGCCACUGGCCAGUCCAGCUUUAUCUGCGAGUGUGAGAGCGGCUGGGCUGGAACUCUGUGCGACCAGCAAACCAACAACCCCUGUCAGGGGAACAAGUGCAUACACGGCACAUGCCUGCCCAUCAACGCCUUCUCAUACAGCUGCAGAUGCCAGCCAGGCUUUGCAGGGGUGCUGUGUGAUGAGGAGGAGGAGGUCUUCAACCCGUGCCAGUCCAUUAAGUGCAAGCACGGGAAAUGCAGGCUGUCUGGCCUGGGCAAGGCCUACUGCGAGUGUAACAGCGGAUACACGGGAGAGGCCUGUGACCGAGAAAUCGCUUGUCGAGGGGAACGAGUCCGAGAUAACUAUCAGAAGCAGCAGGGCUAUGCCGCAUGCCAGACCACCGAAAAGGUCUCGCGGUUAGAGUGCCGCGGCGGCUGCUCCGCCGGACAGUGCUGCGGGGCGCUGCGAAGCAAGCGGCGGAAAUACACCUUCGAGUGUACCGACGGCUCCUCCUUCGUGGAGGAGGUGGAGAAGGUGGUCAAGUGUGGCUGUACAAAAUGUCCCUCGUAAUCCCCCCAUUUUUUGUAACGUCGCCUUUUUGUAAGGAAAACAAACACACAAAAAAACACCUUUUUUUGGCAGUGCUGGACUAAUUAAUGCUUCCAUAGUGGAAAUAUUGAAAUAUAUUGUAAAAUACAGAACAGACUUAUUUUUUAUUAUGAAUGGGAGUAAAAGACAAAAACAGAGAAGACUAUAUACUUCAUUCUCCGCCACUACAGGACAUGCGACAUUUUGUUUCGUUCACAGGAAGAACUGGCAGUUCCUUUGUUGCAAGUGAAGAAAUGGAACAUAAGCGUUGACAGGUCGCUGUUUGUUUGGUUGUUUUGUUUUUUUAUGUUUCUAAUGUUACAUGUCAUAAGACUUUUAGAGGAAAUAUGUGCAGGAGUGAGGCAUACAUAUUGAAGUGCGGUAUAAAGAUGGGGAUCUGAAGAGAAAAAAAAAAGAAAAGACGCAUCUGCAACAGCAAGCUUUCGUAGAGCGUGAGAGGAGAAAGAAAAUGUGUCCUGGGCCCGGUGACAUUAUCGCAAGGCUUUCGCGCGGUGUCACAAACUGGACUAACUUCACGGCGAAGGACGGUCGCGCCCAAGCGAUCAAAAAGGCAUAUCUCACCUGUAAACUCAACUUAUCUACUGAAGGCCAUAAACUGCAAACAGAAAGGAGUGGUGUAAACGUGCAUGGAGUACAGUCCUGCGUUUUACCGGCACUUGUCCACAGAUGUACAAUAGCAAAAACCGUAAAUAUCUAGUGAGCCUUGUUUCCAGUAUUAAUGCGUUGUAAUUUAAAUGUUAUAGGGUGGGUGGGGGGAUGGGUAUAAGAAAUAUAGUUUAAUGAUAUAUGAUUAGUAAUUUGGUUAAACAAUAUGUCUCAUCUUUCUUUUAUAUCAUGGCGGUUGGCGCAGUAUUCACAAUGUCACUGACAAGUAUUUAUUGUAUCAAAAAUACCGUUGCUUAUUUGGUAGAUCUUCCCCUAUAUUGCAGUUUGACUCUUUUAAUAUAUAUUAAUUUAUAUUUGUCCUGAUAUUUUUGUAUUAAAAAAAAAAAAAACAGUCAUAAUCUGUUGGGA